GGUGUCCAUCCGAUCUCUGCAAUUAUACUCUACUCGUCAUUCACUCAGAGUUUCAUGUCAUAUCUGAAGAUCUUUUCCUUCUAAUAUCUUUUACUAAUAUAAUCCUCUUGUUUCGGAUUGACAUUUUCUUUUUCUUAUCACUUAGUUCUUUCUGUCGACGUACAUCAUCGAGGCUAUCACAACAACGGAUAAGCGCCAAUAAUAAGGAAAAGGAUAGGAGGGUUUCCUACCUCAAAAAUGACGGACUUGAUAUCGAGGCAAGAGACUGGCAAGUCAGGUGCAUCAAAACCCGACUCGUCUCCUGGCCUAAGUCGAUGUUUAUCUGGAAAUCACCUCGAUGACACUUCCUAUUAUACAGGUCAUCCUGGUGCAUCUGAAGGGAAAACUGGUCAAGAUAUGGAGCACGAUUCCACAAUUGGUUCGGAAGAUACGGAUACCGAUGGCACUUCAAGCAUUUCGCCAGAAGUCAUAGAUGGGAUUGAGGUUGAGAGAGACGUUGAAUUGGGGAGAGAAAAGACGCAAAAGAGCACGAAAAGUGUGAGGGAUCCAAACUUAGUUACUUGGGAAGGACCAAAUGAUCCAGAGAAUCCUAAGAAUUGGAAGAUUGGACGUAAAUGGGCUGCAGUCUUAGUAGUUUCAAGUUUCACCUUUAUAUCCCCAGUUUCCUCUUCCAUGGUAGCACCAGCUAUAACUUCCAUAAGUUCUGAUUUACACAUUGAAAGUUCCAUAGAGCAAAGUCUGGUGCUAUCUAUUUUCGUACUGGCUUAUGCGGUUGGCCCAUUGUUUCUUGGACCACUGAGUGAAAUGUUUGGACGAGUUAUUGUAGUGCAAGUCAGUAACCUUAUAUACUUGUUCUUCAAUCUCGGCUGUGGUUUGGCGCAAACCAAAGGGCAAUUGAUUGCUUUCCGAUUUCUUGCCGGGCUAGGUGGUUCUGCCCCUUUAGCUCUCGGAGGUGGAGUACUCAGUGAUUUGUUCACAGCCGAAGAGCGUGGCAAAGCAAUCUCUAUAUAUUCUCUCGCUCCACUACUGGGGCCGGCAGUUGGUCCAAUAGCCGGCGGGUUCAUAGCCGAGAAUACUACCUGGAGAUGGGUCUUUUAUGCUACUACUAUUGCAGAUGCAGUCAUUCAAAUAAUAGGGUUAUUCUACCUCCAAGAGACAUUUCCACCUGUUUUACUCGGACGUAAGAAGAAUAAGCUCAUCAAGGAGACUGGAAAUCAAGAUCUUCACACAGAAUGGGAUGUUCCGGGCAGAACUAUUUUCAAGGCUCUUUCUGUUAGUCUGACGCGCCCAUUCAAACUACUUGGAACGCAAGUAAUCAUCCAAGUAUUAGCAGUAUAUAUGGCUUACCUCUAUGGUAUCAUGUAUCUCGUACUCUCCACGUUUCCCGGAUUAUGGGAAGGCGUAUAUAACGAAAGCGUUGGGAUGGGUGGGCUCAACUAUAUUUCUUUGGGAGUCGGUUUCUUCUUAGGAACGCAAAUAUGUGCACCGGCACAAGAUAGGAUUUAUCGAGCAUUGAAAGCACGUAACAACGGAGUGGGAAAGCCUGAAUUUCGAGUCCCUCUCAUGAUUCCCGGUGCUUUGCUUGUGCCAGUGGGGCUCUUUUGGUAUGGAUGGUCGGCCCAGGCUAAAACUCAUUGGAUUGUGCCGAAUAUUGGAGCGGCAAUCUUUGCAGCAGGAACCAUUAUCGGAUUCCAAUGCAUUCAAACAUAUAUAGUCGACUCCUAUACCAAAUAUGCUGCAAGUGCGGUCGGAGCAGCAACUGUUUUGAGAAGUUUGGCUGGUUUCGGUUUCCCAUUAUUCGCCCCGUACCUGUAUGCGGCGUUAGAUUAUGGGUGGGGUAAUAGUUUGAUCGGAUUUAUCGCGAUUGGUUUGGGGUGGCCGGCUCCCAUUUUGCUGUGGAUAUAUGGCGAGAGACUUCGUACGAGAAGUACAUUUGCUGCUGGAUAAGACAAGUGCGGAAAUGUACGACUGGUAGGAUGGGAGUAAUUGGAUUAUUAUUGGUGCAUCGGAUCCGAGCGUGAUCGUAUGAGUGGACGAAAAUGAAAAGCAUAGCCAUAUGGAGUUACUGGGCGAUUUUUAAGGUCAAACGGCAGUGUGAAAAAUACCCUUUUGCGAAUCAAAUUGAUGAGUAUAUAUAAAUAGUAAUACGAUGAUUGUUGAAUUGGAGAACA